AUGUCCGAAGACAUGCAUCGCGCUAUACAAGAAACAAGACUACCAAUAGUAAUUUUAACUGAGCCACUGGAUAUCAUGUGGCAUGAGAAUAAAACAGGCAAAGACUUGGAAGAAUUGCUGCUGGCAACUGAAUUUCUUUAUGAAAAAAUCUCCCAGAAUGGUUUGGCAAUUGUGAAUGUUGAAGAUAGUGCCGAUUUCAUGUAUCUGGCCAAUAUGACAAAAUAUCAUUUGAGAAAAUUACACAAUGUCAAUAUUCUAUGGAAUAUGCCAAACGCAACGUGGUCGGAAUUGUAUGAUUUUUCCCAACUAUGCUGGAAUUAUGGAUUUACCAAUGUUUUAUUUUACUCCAAUGGUUCCAAAUUCACUUACACUAGAUUCCCAUUCUUAAAAGUAGAAAAGCUGAUGGCGCUCACAGAGUACUAUGAUAGAAAAGAGAUACACAAUUUCCACGGGUAUCCCUUAACAUUCCCAAUAACUUCUAGCCCUCCCAGAUGCUAUCGAUUCAUCGAUCACAAUGGUAAUCAUAUAUAUGUUGGUUAUAUGUAUAAAAUUCUGAUGAUUUUCAUUGAACAAUUUAAUUUCACAUUUCGUGAAUAUCCUCAUAAUUAUGAUGACGACGACAAAGACCCAUUAAUGGAGUCACUGCAAAAUGGUUACAUGGAUUUUACAUCUUUUCCGGUGUAUCCCAACAAAACCCAUGAUGCAAGUGAUGUCUUGUGGAAUGCAAAUGUUUAUAUAUUGGUGCCCAAAUCGCAGCCAAUUGCUAAAUAUAAAUAUUUCUAUAAGCCAUUCGGUAAGUUUGUAUGGCUUCUGCACAUUUUGGUCAUUGUGGGAGCAACAUCAGCGGUGGCCUUUAUAACUCUCACCAAAUACUCAAUUUGGGAUUUUUCAAAAUCGUUUAUAUACAUCUGCAGCAUUGCCCUGUAUCAAUAUCAGCUGACAGUUCCAGUGCGUUCAUUGCGUUUUAAUUUACUCUAUAUCCUGUUGAUUGUCUACAACUUUAUUAUGAUCAACUAUUAUCUUUGCAUGCUCUCCAGUUUGUUGGUCAUCACGCUGUAUGAGCCACAAAUCGAUACCAUUCCAGAUUUGACAACGACCAGCCUCCGUUUAAAGAUCACCCAGAAUGAUGUGGACUAUUACAAGCACUUACCCGAUACAUCACCAAUUGUCGUGAGUUUGUUUACAGUCGAGGAUGGCAUAGUCUUGGACAAUUUAUGA